AUGGAACAAAAUUUUAAUUUAAUAUAUCAAACAAGUUUUGAAAAUAAUUCUUUUUUGGAACUUCAAAAGUAUUGUACUGAUUUAAUGUCUAAAUAUCCAGAUAAGAUACUUAAAUCAUUAGAUUUCUCUUCAGUUCCAGAAAAAAUUUUGAUCUCACUUAUUCAAAGCGAUAAUCUUCAAAUGAGUGAAAUUCAAGUAUGGGAGAAUGUUCUUAAAUGGGGUCUUGUGCAAAAUCCUGGUCUUUCUUCAAAUCCCUCUAAUUAUUCAAAAGAUGAUUUUAAUUCUUUAAAGAAUACUUUACAAUCAUGUAUUCCUUUUAUUAGGUUCUACAAUUUAACUUCUCAAGAAUUUUCGGAUCAUAUUCUACCUUAUAAGGAAGUUCUACCAGAGGAAUUAUAUAUGGAUUUAUUAAAAACCUUUUUAAGUUUAAAUCCUAAUAGCAAGCCAGGUCACAAAUCAAAUCCUCGUAUGACUAAAGAAAUAACUCCUCCACCUCCUCCUAGAUCGUCAUAUUCAUAUUCUAAAAAUACUUUCGACGAUUUGGAUAAACAACCACAAUUAUCUUCCAGUUCAUCAAAUUACAAGGGAGAUUUAAUUGAUUUUUCUGCAUCGACCCUUUUUAAUAGCAAUCCAAUUCACAAAUCAAAUCCUCGCAUGACUAAAGAAAUAACUCCUCCAUCUCCUCUUAAACCGUCAGUUUCAUAUUUUAACGAACCACCACGAUUAUCUUCCAACCCAUUUGAGACCUUUUUAAGUUUAAAUAGUUUAAAUACUAAUAGCAAGCCAAGUCACAAAUCAGAUUCUCGCAUGACUAAAGAAAUACCUCCACCACCACCUCCACCUCCUUUUUUUAACCCGUCGUAUUUAUAUCACAAAUCAAAUCCUCGCAUGACUCCUCCACGUCCUAUUACACCAUCAUAUUUUAACGAUUUGCAUAAACUACCACGAUUAUCUUCCAUUUCAUCAAAUAAGAAUGGGGAUCUUUCUUCUGCAUCGACUUACCAGGAAUUGACCCCAUGGAAGGGAACCCAAAACAUUCAAAGAUCAUUACCUGUUAAAUUAGAUCAAGAAUUUUCAGAAGAGUAUCAAGAAACAUUAAUUCGUUUGAAAGACAUGGGAUUCAAUAAUGAAGAGGAAAAUCUUAAAGCUUUGAAAGAAUUUAAUGGAGAUUUGGAGCGUGUUAUUGAAAAUCUUAUUUCAAAAAUGUAAACUAUGUAUUUUUAUUUAUGUUUAAAAAGAAACAUAUCAUAAUUUUAUAUUUUUAUAAGCUACUUUAAAAAGAAAUUAAAUUAUUAGAUGUUAAUAUGAGUUUUAAUCAAUAUCUUAAUAAUGGUGUUCAUAAGUUAGCAUCAUAUCGUAUUUUAUCCAACUUUUUGUUUAAAAAAGAUUAUCAACAUACUAGAAUACGUCACCAAAUAAAUUGAGCUCAACGCUCUUUAAAUUAUAAUGUUUAAAAAAUUUUUUCUUUUUUUU